AUGUAAGAAGUAUAUUUAUGCGCUUUAUUUGAAAAUAAUUCAUUACCAGAAUUGAAGAGCUUUUUCAUUCAUUUUAAGAGAGCUAAUCCGAGAGUAAAGAAGGUUUACUUUAGAAUAACUUCAACUGAUUUAGUGUUAUAUUGCAAAGAAUCAAUUUCGUCUUGCUAUUAUAUUAGUUAUAUUAACCUUAUUUUUAGAUAAUAAUCAAGUGAUUGAGCAGUUAAAAUUGGGCAAUUAGCAAUGCAACAAUAAAUACAUUAUUUUAUAGUUCUAAGAUUUUGAUACUGUAGUUGGUGCUGUCAAUAAAAUUGCCUCAAAUCCAAAAGAUGUCAGAAUUUAUUUAGAGUAAAUUGAAGAUUAAAUAUUUUUGACUGUAUAGAAUAUUAAAUGAAUUAGUGGAAUAUCACAUAGCAAGAUGACACAAGCAUUAUAAAACAGACAUAUAUAGAAUUUAUAGAAGAAUUAGAGAUUGUUUAAUUAGAAUUAUAGCCUAUGAUAAUAAUGCCUACUUAUUUGUUGAACUAGUAAAAAACUAACUUAAUUUUAGAAUGGCAACGAUUGCAAAAAAUUAUGACGCUCCUUUGAGAUUAAAUUUUUAUAAAUAAUAAGGCUUAUAUUCAGUUGAAAUAAUUGUGCAAUUAGAAAAUGAUGUACCAUCCUUCUCUACACUUUUUUUGGCAUCAUAACAUCAAGCAGAAAAUUUAAAACAAAUUGAUGUAUAUAAUUAUUUUAAUUUAAUUAGAGCUUUUUCUAAAUAUCAAAAAACUACAUCUAAUAGUUUAUUGACAUAACAUCAAUAGAAGAAAAUAUAGUAAUUACAUUGGAUUAAUCACCCACUAGUCCAUUAGUUCUAAAUUACUUAUCGGGCAGAGCUGUGGAAAUGGGUAUUGUCAAGUAAUUCAUCAUAUAAAGAAUGUAUAGUUGA